AUGGCUGAUAAUCCUUCACUCAACUCCACCAAUUCAUCUUCAAGACGAUCCCUAUUCAGAAACAGAAAUUCAUCUCGUCUGAUAACUCCUUUCCUGACUACAAGUUCAUCAAACUCAAAAAAUGGAGGUGGCGGUGGUGGAUCUACUGCUACUACUCAGCCUCAACCAACUCAUUCAAAUGCUUCUUCUAUAAAUGGAGAUCGACAAGUUACUAAUUCUACAAAUGGUAGCAUUGGUGGUGGAGGUGGUGAUUCAGGUUUAGAAAAAGGAGGAGGAACAUCUGGAAAGUUGACAGCUACACCCAUGAUUAAUAGUAAUAGUAUCGGAAGUACUAGUACUGGAUCAAAGAAAGGGAAUCAUUUAUCCCUAAAGAGAUUUUUCAAAAAACUUAAACCCGGUGAAAAAUUAAAGCAUGCUUUAUCAUCAGCAGUUGAACCUAUAGAUACUUCACUUGAUUUAUUUCAUCGAUAUGGAGAAGUUGGGAAAUUAUUAGGAGCAGGUGCAAGUGGUUCAGUUAAUUUAUUACAAUGUAAAAAGGACCCCAAUAAAGUAUAUGCAGUUAAGAAAUUUAGAAAUAGAUUACCACAAGAAGCUCAAUCAGAUUAUGAAAUUAAAGUGAAAAAUGAAUUUAAAGUUGGUGAUUAUUUAAAACAUCAAAAUAUAAUAUAUACAUUUGAAUUAAUUAAAGAUUAUUCCAAAAUAUCAAAACAAAAACUUGAUCCUGAUUAUUAUAUUAUAAUGGAAUAUUGUCCAUUUGAUUUUUUUAAUUUAGUUAUGAGUGGAUUAAUGGGUACAAAUGAAAUUUUCUGUUAUUUUAAACAAAUGAUAAAUGGGGUUGGAUUCUUACAUGAAAAUGGUUUGGCUCAUCGUGAUUUGAAAUUAGAUAAUUGUGUUGUAAACCAACAUGGUAUAUUACGAUUAAUUGAUUUUGGAUCAGCUGUUCAAUUCAAAAAAGAAGUUCCACAAGGAUAUACUCCCACAUCAGAAGAAAUCAUGUUAGAUUCAACUCAUAAAUUAAGCUUUGCAAGAGGAAUCGUAGGGUCGGAUCCAUAUUUAUCCCCCGAAGUGUUUGAACCAUUAGGUCCAGGAUAUGAUCCUAGAACAGCGGAUGUUUGGUCAAUUGCGAUUAUUUAUUGUUGUAUGAUUCUUAAACGAUUCCCAUGGAAAAUCCCCAAGAUAUCUGAUCCUUCGUAUAGAUCAUUCGCGGCACCUACUUUAAUAAAUGAUGAAAAUACAUCUUUGGAAAAUGAAUUGAAAGUAUUACUGAUGAGUAAUGGAGUAGAAGAAACAUCAACAACCCCGCCGCCCAAAGAGGAAAAUGGAGAAGGGGCUAGCUCAAAUGGAAAUAAUCGCACCCAACAUCAUCACCACCAUCACCACCAUCAUAAUAGCGGACCAGAAAGAUUACUCAAAUUAUUACCAGAACCUUCCCGUAAUGUAAUCAAGAAUAUGUUAAUCCUCGACCCGCGAAAAAGAUUUCUUAUGCCAGAUGUAUUAUCAGAUGCAUUCGUGCAGGGGAUACAAGUUUGUUUGGAACAAAAGGAUGAAAAUGGAGAAGUUGUUGUUGAACUGCCACUGAAUCAUAGUCAUCAUUUAGUCACUGAAGAGGAUUUGAAAAAAUUGGCGGCUGAGAGAGAAAGAGAGAAAAGAUUGAAAGAUGUUGGGAUUGCAUAG